AUGGGCCCCGUCGAAGCCCUGUCAAGGGCGCCUCGACGGGUUGCAUCACCACGCUGGGUAGUUCUAACCCUUCUCCCCCUCAUUCCCCCCAUUCUUCCCCUCAUUUCCCAGCCUUCUCCUCCUCAUUCCCCCCAUUCUUCCCCCUCAUUCCCCCCCUUUUCUCCCUCAACCCCCCCCCCCUUCUCGCCCUCAUUUCCCCCCCUUCUCCCUCUCACUUCCCCCACUGCUCCCCCUCAUUUCCCCUCCUGCUCCUUCUCACUUCCCCCACUGCUCCCCCUCAUUUCCCCUCCUGCUCCUUCUCACUUCCCCCACUGCUCCCCUUCAUUUCCCCCCCUUCUCCCUCUCACUUCCCCCACUGCUCCCCCUCAUUUCCCCUCUUGCUCCUUCUCACUUCCCCCACUGCUCCCCCUCAUUUCCCCUCCUGCUCCUUCUCACUUCCCCCACUGCUCCCCCUCAUUUCCCCUCCUGCUCCUUCUCACUUCCCCCACUGCUCCCCUUCAUUUCCCCUCCUUCUCCUUCUCACUUCCCCCACUGCUCCCCCUCAUUUCCCCUCCUGCUCCUUCUCACUUCCCCCACUGCUCCCCUUCAUUUCCCCUCCUCCUCCCUCUCAUUUCCCCCCUUACUCCUCUCAUCUCCCCCCCCUCCUCCCUCUCAUUUCCCCCCUUGCUCCUCUCAUCUCUCCCCCUCCUCCCUCUCAUUUCCCCCCUUGCUCCUCUCAUCUCUCCCCCUCCUCCCUCUCAUUUCCCCCCUUGCUCCUCUCAUCUCUCCCCCUCCUCCCUCUCAUUUCCCCCCUUGCUCCUCUCAUCUCUCCCCCUCCUCCCUCUCAUUUCCCCCCUUGCCGCCUCUCAUCUCUCCCCCUCCUCCCUCUCAUUUCCCCCCUUGCUCCUCUCAUCUCUCCCCCUCCUCCCUCUCAUUUCCCCCCUUGCUCCUCUCAUCUCUCCCCCUCCUCCCUCUCAUUUCCCCCCUUGCUCCUCUCAUCUCUCCCCCUCCUCCCUCUCAUUUCCCCCCUUGCUCCUCUCAUCUCUCCCCCUCCUCCCUCUCAUUUCCCCCCUUGCUCCUCUCAUCUCUCCCCCUCCUCCCUCUCAUUUCCCCCCUUGCUCCUCUCAUCUCUCCCCCUCCUCCCUCUCAUUUCCCCCCUUGCUCCUCUCAUCUCUCCCCCUCCUCCCUCUCAUUUCCCCCCUUGCUCCUCUCAUCUCUCCCCCUCCUCCCUCUCAUUUCCCCCCUUGCUCCUCUCAUCUCUCCCCCUCCUCCCUCUCAUUUCCCCCCUUGCUCCUCUCAUCUCUCCCCCUCCUCCCUCUCAUUUCCCCCCUUGCUCCUCUCAUCUCUCCCCCUCCUCCCUCUCAUUUCCCCCCUUUCUCCUCUCAUCUCUCCCCCUCCUCCCUCUCAUUUCCCCCCUUGCUCCUCUCAUCUCUCCCCCUCCUCCCUCUCAUUUCCCCCUUUGCCGCCUCUCAUCUCUCCCCCUCCUCCCUCUCAUUUCCCCCCUUGCUCCUCUCAUCUCUCCCCCUCCUCCCUCUCAUUUCCCCCCUUGCCGCCUCUCACUUCCACCCUUGCUCACUCUCGCUUCCCCGCUUCCCUCUCAUUUCCCUCCUUCACCCCUUCAUUUCCCAACCUAAACCCUUAUUUUCCCCACCUUGCUCCCCGUCAUUUCCCCCCCUUCUCCCCUUAUUUUUCCCACCUUGCUCCCCUUCAUUUCCCUCCCAGCUCUGGCAUAGCCCCACUGCCCUCCCGUCCUUUUCAUCUUCCCUCCCUUACAGGGUGGAUCCCUUGCAAAAUACUGCCCCCCACUCGCUCCCUUCCAUUCUCCCUUCCACGCUCUCCCAUCGCCAUGCCUUAAUUUCUCAUCCCCCCUCCUUCCAGGGUCAUCUCACCUCCCAUGAGAUCCCACUCGCUCCUUCAGUCCCUGCCCAUACUGCCGCCGCUGCUGCCUUUGCCGGAGCUGCCUCUGCUGCCACACCCAGUGUUCCUUCCUUUGAACAGCGGCAGGUGCAUGGGCAGCAACAGCAGAACCAAGAGCGAGUGGACCCUGCUGCGGUCUCACAGCCGAGCGCGCUCAUGAGUGCGCAAGCCGCAGGAGAUGCAGCAUGCCGGGUCUCUCACGAUGGGUGCACACUAUCGAAGCAGCCAUGUCAGCAGUGGACUGGGGAGCGAGCAGGGUGUGAGGCUCGAUGA